AUGGCUACGGGGGAGCAGCGGAGGCAAGAGGAGCGGCGGCGGCGGAGGGCUUGGCAGCAGGAGCUGCUCCUGGCAGAGAGCCUGGGCAAGCACCCCCUGCAAAACAGAUGGGCACUGUGGUUCUUCAAGAAUGACAAGAGCAAGAUGUGGCAGGCCACCCUGCGCCUUGUCACCAAGUUCAGCACUGUGGAGGACUUCUGGGCUACAUCUGGCUGUGACUACUCCCUCUUCAAGGAUGGCAUCGAGCCCAUGUGGGAGGACAGCCAGAACAAGCGCGGCGGGCGCUGGCUCAUCACCCUGGCCAAGCAGCAGCGGCACACCGAGCUGGACCGCUUUUGGCUGGAGACACUGCUGUGCCUCAUUGGAGAGAUGUUUGAUGAGUACAGCGACGAGGUGUGCGGGGCUGUCAUCAACAUCCGCGCCAAGGGGGACAAGAUCGCCAUCUGGACCCGGGAAGCGGAGAAUCAGGAAGGGGUCACCCACAUUGGGCGUGUCUACAAGGAGCACCUGGGCCUGUCACAGAAGGUGUCCAUCGGGUACCAGGCGGCCACCAAGAGUGGCUCCCUCACCAAGACCAAGUUUGUGGUGUGA